AUGCCCUCCAAUCCUGAGACCGAAUUCGAGCAGCUCCUAAGCCGCGAUAGACAAGUGCGUGUCCCUACAUUCGAGGAAGAUAUCGAGAAGGGACCUAGUAUGAACAAUACCGGAAUGGGGUUGAUCGCGAGAAAAGCCAUCCCUUCGGGCAGCGUCGUGUUCUCCGAAAAGGUAUUGUGCAUGGACACCAAGGAAUCAAUGACGAACCGAGACCUCAAAGAUGUCGAAGGAGUGCUGAAUCGGUUGACCAAAGACAUGGGUCCCGAAUGGUAUUCCAAGUUCCUCGAGAUGGGUGCCGGCUAUGAGCCUAGUGAUCAUGUCGAUGAGGAUGCAGAGAUAGGACAAAGAGCCGGAGGAGUGCAUACACAUAUCUGGUACAAGCACCAGAUGUGGGCGAAGGUGGAUGACCAGCUUGCAGGCUUGUUGGGGCUGAAGCUUGCGUGGUUGAAUCAUUCGUGCCUGCCAAAUUGUACACUGACUCUGGUCAAAAGGUAUCCUUAUCGAGGCAGCGAGAAGGCAGCUGUGGCAAAAGGGGGCGACUUUUUGAUGCCAGAAGAACCGGUGGUGACAUGUGUUGUGGUGAAAGCCCUCAGAGACAUUGCCAAAGACGAAGAACUUACCAUUUCCUACUUCCGGAUUCGAGGCGCGCAGAUGCAGAGAAAUUUGACGGCUGGUGUGGCUGGCCCAUUCUCCUGCGCCUGUUACUGGUGUUCGCACCCGGCCCACAUAGUCGAAAUGACGUAUGAGUUGCAGCAAGAUGUUGAUAUUCUGUUGAGUUGUCCUCGAAUCAUCAAGCAGCGGCCAGCAGUGUUAUUCCAAGCGGUGCGCGAUCUUAUGAUCAAUCUAGACUUGAUUCGAAACCGUGACGCCUACAUCGCGCAGGUCUGGGCGCACUGUGCUGUAGUUGCCGGGUUCCAUUCAGACAUUGCACGCGCCACCGUCUUUCUAAACAAAGCGAUGACAAUAAUUCGAGCCCUGCGCCCUGCUCAAGAUCCGUUUCGGCGAUGGUAUACUCGCUGGCGACAUCACCUUGAGGAAAUGCCAGGAUACGGGGCCUCAUCCUGGGGCCUGUCAUCCGAGGACGAAGGCAUCUCCUUGUCCGAGAACCUCGACAUUCUAUUCAUGGUCGUCGCCGAGCCAGACGAAUACCUGCGCGUGGGACAAUAUCACCGCCUCACCGGCACCAUGAAGGCGCGAAUCGGACCGAGGGUAGGUAAGGCCACCUUCUUUGUGAGUCCUGACGAGGAUUCUGAUGAGACAUGCGAGGACCACAAUUGGGAAGCUUUCCCAGAAACGUAUCUCCGGUCCCCUGAGACGGCCAUGGGUACCAAGCGGAAUGAGAGAGUAACUGAGGUGAUAAAGCUGCUCGAGGAACAAUUCAAGGCGCCUUCCGAGGAUCCCCGGAACUGCCGGAAGUUCGAUGAAGAAAUGAGGCAGCUGUAUCUGAGCUUUGCGGAAGACCGCCCUCAUUUGGUUUCCGAACGGUCAAAAUAUGAUACCGGCGCCAUGGGACUGGAAUCACUAGAUGACAGUUGGAAUAUGGACGAAGUAUCGGAUACGGGUUCGGUAUCAAACCAUAACGCCCUAUAA